GGAGGUGCUCUGAGCGGUGUUUACGUCCAUCGCUGCCCGUGAGCCUUGGCCAUAGACGGAGGGCUCCGAGCGGUCUCCUGGUCGUGUGGUCAUCAGCAUGGGCUUUGCAAGACAAAUUCAGCUUUUGCUCUGGAAGAACUGGACCCUGCGGAAAAGGCAAAAGAUUCGCUUUGUUGUGGAACUCAUAUGGCCUUUAUCUUUAUUUCUGGUCUUGAUCUGGUUAAGGAAUGUCAACCCACUCUACAGCCAACACGAAUGCCAUUUUCCCAACAAGGCGAUGCCCUCAGCAGGAAUGUUGCCAUGGCUCCAAGGAAUUUUCUGCAAUGUGAACAAUCCUUGUUUUCAAAGUCCCACCCCGGGAGAAUCUCCUGGAAUUGUGUCAAACUACAACAACUCCAUCUUGGCAAGGGUGUAUCGAGAUUUUCAAGAACUCCUUGUGGAUGCACCAGAGAGCCAGCACCUUGGCCAUGUUUGGACAGAACUCCGCACUGUGUUCCAACUCAUGGACACCCUCCAGACCCACCCCGAGAGAACUGCAGGAAGAGGAAUACGAAUUCGAGAUGUCCUAAAAGAUGAAGAAACACUGACACUAUUUCUCAUAAAAAACAUUGGCCUGUCUGACUCAGUUGUCCACCUUCUGGUCAACUCCCAAGUCCGUCCAGAGCAGUUUGCUCACGGAGUCCCAGACCUGGUGCUGAAGGACAUUGCCUGCAGCGAUGCCCUCCUGGAGCGCUUCAUAAUCUUCAGCCAGCGCCGUGGCGCACAGACAGUGCGUGACGCCCUGUGCUCCCUCUCCCAGGGCACCCUACAGUGGAUGGAAGACAGUCUGUAUGCCAACGUGGACUUCUUCAAGCUCUUCCGUGUGCUUCCCACACUCCUAGACAGUGGUUCUCAAGGUAUCAAUCUGAGAUCCUGGGGAAAAAUAUUAUCUGAUGUGUCGCCAAGAAUUCAAGAGUUCAUCCAUCGGCCAAGUGUUCAAGACUUGCUAUGGGUGACCAGGCCCCUUAUGCAGCCUGGUGGUCCAGAGACUUUCACACAGCUGAUGGGCAUCCUGUCCGACCUCUUUUGUGGCUACCCAGAUGGAGGAGGCUCUCGGGUGUUCUCCUUCAACUGGUAUGAAGACAAUAACUAUAAGGCCUUCCUGGGGAUUGACUCCACAAGGAAAGAUCCUAUCUAUUCUUAUGACAAAAGAACGACGACCUUUUGUAAUGCAUUGAUCCAGAGCCUGGAGUCAAACCCUCUAACCAAAAUAGCCUGGAGGGCAGCAAAGCCUUUGUUGAUGGGAAAAAUCCUCUUUACUCCAGAUUCCCCUGCAGCACGCAGGAUCCUGAAGAAUGCCAACUCGACUUUUGAAGAGCUGGAGCGCCUUAGGAAGUUGGUCAAAGCCUGGGAAGAAGUAGGGCCCCAGAUCUGGUACUUCUUUGAUGAGGGCACACAGAUGACCAUGAUCAGAGACACCCUGGGGAACCCAACAGUAAAAGACUUUUUGAACAAGCAGCUUGGUGAGGAAGGUAUUACUGCCGAAGCUGUGCUGAACUUCCUCUAUAAGGGUCCUCGAGAGAGCCGGGCUGACGACAUGGCCAACAUCAACUGGAGGGAUGUAUUUAACAUCACUGAUCGCACCCUACGCCUGGCUAAUCAAUACCUGGAGUGCUUGAUCCUGGAUAAGUUUGAAAGCUACGAUGAUGAAAUUCAGCUCACCCAACGAGCCCUGUCUCUGCUGGAGGAAAACAGGUUCUGGGCUGGCGUGGUGUUCCCUGACAUGUAUCCCUGGACCAGCUCCCUACCACCGCACGUGAAAUACAAGAUCCGGAUGGACAUAGACGUGGUGGAGAAAACCAACAAGAUCAAAGACAGGUACUGGGAUUCUGGUCCCAGAGCUGAUCCCGUGGAAGAUUUCCGAUACAUCUGGGGAGGGUUUGCCUAUCUGCAGGACAUGGUCGAACAGGGGAUCACGCGGAGUCAGGCCCGGGCGGAGGUUCCAGUGGGAAUCUAUCUCCAGCAGAUGCCUUACCCCUGCUUUGUGGAUGACUCUUUUAUGAUCAUCCUGAACCGCUGUUUCCCUAUCUUCAUGGUGCUGGCCUGGAUCUACUCUGUCUCCAUGACUGUAAAGAACAUCGUCUUGGAGAAGGAGUUAAGACUGAAGGAGACUUUGAAAAAUCAGGGUGUCUCCAAUUCAGUGAUUUGGUGUACCUGGUUCCUGGACAGCUUCUCUAUCAUGUCAAUGAGCAUCUUCCUACUGACCAUAUUCAUCAUGCAUGGAAGAAUCCUACAUUACAGCAAUCCGUUCAUCCUCUUCCUGUUCCUGUUGGCUUUCUCCACUGCAACCAUCACGCAGUGCUUCCUGCUCAGCACCUUCUUCUCCAAGGCCAGCCUGGCAGCAGCCUGUAGUGGUGUCAUCUACUUCACCCUCUACCUCCCGCACAUUCUCUGCUUCGCCUGGCAGGACCGAAUGACGGCUGACCUGAAGAUGGCUGUGAGCCUGCUGUCUCCUGUGGCAUUUGGGUUUGGCACUGAGUACCUGGCUCGCUUUGAGGAGCAGGGCCUGGGGCUGCAGUGGAACAAUAUCGGGAACAGCCCCACGGAAGGGGAUGAAUUCAGUUUCCUGAUGUCCAUGAAGAUGAUGCUCCUUGAUGCUGCUCUGUAUGGCUUGCUUGCCUGGUAUCUUGACCAAGUGUUUCCAGGGGACUAUGGAACCCCACUUCCUUGGUACUUCUUUCUGCAAGAGUCCUAUUGGCUUGGAGGUGAAGGGUGUUCAACCAGAGAAGAAAGGGCCCUGGAGAAGACCGAACCCAUAACAGAGGAAAUGGAGGACCCGGAACACCCAGAAGGAAUAAAUGACUCCUUCUUUGAACGUGAGCUUCCAGGCUUGGUUCCAGGGGUAUGUGUGAAGAAUCUGGUAAAGAUUUUUGAGCCCUACGGAAGGCCAGCAGUGGACCGUCUUAACAUUACCUUCUAUGAGAACCAGAUCACUGCCUUCCUCGGACACAAUGGAGCAGGGAAAACCACCACCUUGUCCAUCCUGACGGGUCUGUUGCCACCAACAUCAGGGACUGUGCUCAUUGGGGGAAAGGACAUUGAAACCAGCCUGGAUGCAGUGCGGCAGAGCCUUGGCAUGUGUCCACAGCACAACAUCCUGUUCCAUCACCUCACGGUGGCUGAACACAUCCUGUUCUACGCCCAGCUGAAAGGGAAGUCCUGGGAGGAGGCCCAGCUGGAGAUGGAAGCCAUGUUGGAGGACACAGGCCUCCACCACAAGAGGAACGAAGCAGCUCAGGAUCUAUCAGGUGGCAUGCAGAGGAAGCUGUCUGUUGCCAUUGCCUUUGUGGGAGAUGCCAAGGUGAUUGUUCUGGAUGAGCCCACCUCUGGGGUGGACCCCUACUCAAGGCGCUCAAUCUGGGACCUGCUUCUGAAGUAUCGCUCAGGCAGAACCAUUAUCAUGUCCACUCACCACAUGGACGAGGCCGACCUCCUUGGGGACCGCAUCGCCAUCAUUUCCCAGGGAAGGCUCUACUGCUCGGGCACCCCGCUCUUCCUGAAGAACUGCUUCGGCACGGGCUUCUACUUAACCUUGGUGCGCAAGAUGAAAAAUAUCCAGAGCCGAAGAAGAGGCUGUGAGGGGACCUGCAGCUGUGUGUCUAAGGAUUUCUCCGUCAGGUGUCCAACCCAUGAAGAUGAGAUAACUCCAGAACAAGUCUUGGACGGGGAUGUGAAUGAGCUGAUGGAUAUGGUUCACCACCAUGUUCCAGAGGCAAAGCUAGUAGAAUGCAUUGGUCAAGAACUUAUUUUCCUUCUACCAAAUAAGAAUUUCAAGCAGAGAGCAUAUGCCAGCCUUUUCAGAGAGCUGGAGGAGACGCUGGCUGACCUGGGGCUCAGCAGUUUUGGAAUUUCUGACACUCCCCUGGAAGAGAUUUUUCUGAAGGUCACAGAAGAUUCUCACUCAGGACCUCUAUUUGCUGGCGGCACUCAGCAGAGAAGAGAAAAUGUCAGCCUCCGACACGCCUGUUUGGGUCCUAGUGAGAAGGUCAGACAGACUCCCCAGGGCUCCAACGGCUGCCCUGCGGAGCAGGAUCCUGGCCCUGCUGGCUGGCCUUCCCCGGUGCACAGCGGCCGGCUCAACUCAGGAGCGCGGCUCCUGUUCCAACACGUGCAGGCACUGCUGGUCAAGCGAUUCCACCACGCCGUCCGCAGCCACAAGGACUUCCUGGCCCAGAUUGUGCUCCCGGCCUCUUUUGUGCUUUUGGCUCUGAUGCUUUCCAUCAUCAUCCCUCCUUUUGGUGAAUAUCCCACUUUGACCCUUCACCCCUGGAUGUAUGGGCAGCAGUACACUUUCUUCAGCAUGGACCAGCCGGGCAGUGAGCAGUUGGCUGCACUUGCAGACGUCCUCCUGAACAAGCCGGGCUUUGGCAACCGCUGCCUGAAGGAAGACUGGCUUCCGGAGUACCCCUGUGGCAAUUCAACCCCGUGGAAGACUCCCUCUGUGUCUCCGAACAUCACCCACCUGCUCCAGAAGCAGAAAUGGACACCGGACAACCCCUCGCCUUCCUGCAGGUGCAGCACCAGAGAGAAGCUCACCAUGCUCCCCGAGUGCCCCGAGGGUGCAGGGGGGCUCCCGCCCCCUCAGAGAAUACAGCGCAGCACUGAAAUUCUACAAGACCUGACAAACAGGAACAUCUCUGACUUCUUGGUAAAAACGUAUCCUGCUCUUAUACAAAGCAGCUUAAAGAGCAAAUUCUGGGUCAAUGAACAGAGGUAUGGAGGAAUUUCCAUCGGAGGAAAGCUCCCAGUUCUCCCCAUCACUGGAGAAGCACUUGUUGGAUUUUUAAGCGACGUUGGCCAGAUGAUGAACGUGAGCGGGGGCCCUAUCACCAGAGAGCUCUCUAAGGAAAUGUCUGCUUUCCUUAAACAUCUAGAAACUGAAGACAACAUUAAGGUGUGGUUUAACAACAAAGGCUGGCAUGCCCUGGUCAGCUUUCUCAACGUGGGUCACAACGCCAUCUUACGGGCCAGCCUGCCCGAGCACAGGAACCCCGAGGAGUAUGGCAUCACCGUCAUAAGCCAGCCCCUGAACCUGACCAAGGAGCAGCUCUCAGAGAUCACAGUGCUGACCACAUCGGUGGAUGCUAUGGUUGCCAUCUGCGUGAUUUUCGCCAUGUCCUUCAUCCCAGCCAGCUUUGUCCUUUAUUUGAUCCAGGAGAGAGUCAGCAAAGCCAAGCACCUCCAGUUCAUCAGCGGAGUGAGCCCCACCACCUACUGGCUGACCAACUUCCUCUGGGACAUUAUGAAUUACGCCGUGAGUGCUGCGCUGGUGGUGGGCAUCUUCAUCGGGUUUCAGAAGAAAGCCUAUACUUCUCCAGACAAUCUUCCUGCCCUUGUUGCACUGCUCAUGCUGUACGGAUGGGCGGUCAUUCCCAUGAUGUACCCGGCAUCCUUCCUGUUUGAUGUCCCCAGCACAGCCUAUGUGGCCUUGUCUUGUGCUAAUCUGUUUAUCGGCAUCAACAGCAGUGCCAUCACCUUCAUCCUGGAAUUAUUUGAGAAUAACCGGACACUGCUCAGGUUCAACGCCAUGCUGAGGAAGCUGCUCAUUAUCUUCCCCCACUUCUGCCUUGGUCGGGGCCUCAUCGACCUGGCGCUGAGCCAGGCUGUGACAGACGUCUAUGCCCGGUUUGGUGAGGAGCACUCUUCAAAUCCGUUCCAGUGGGACCUGAUUGGGAAGAACCUGGUUGCCAUGGCAGCAGAAGGGGUGGUGUACUUUCUCCUCACCCUCCUCAUCCAGCACCACUUCUUCCUCACCCAAUGGAUUGGGGAGCCCUCUAAGGAGCCCAUCGUAGAUGAAGAUGAUGAUGUGGCUGAAGAGAGACAAAGAAUUAUUAGUGGAGGAAAUAAAACUGAUAUCUUACGGCUAAAUGAACUAACCAAGAUUUACUCAGGCUGCUCCAGCCCAGCAGUGGACAGGCUCUGUGUGGGAGUUCGCCCCGGAGAGUGCUUUGGCCUCCUGGGAGUAAACGGAGCUGGCAAAACAACCACAUUCAAGAUGCUCACUGGGGACACUACAGUGACCUCAGGCGAUGCCACUGUAGCAGGCAAGAGUAUUUUAACCAAUAUUUCUGACGUCCAUCAAAUUAUGGGCUACUGUCCUCAGUUUGAUGCAAUUGAUGACCUGCUCACAGGGCGAGAACAUCUGUAUCUUUAUGCCCGGCUUCGAGGUGUACCAGCAGAGAAAAUCGAGAGGGUUGCAAACUGGAGUAUUCAGAGCCUGGGCCUGUCUCUCUAUGCGGACCGCCUGGUCGGCACCUACAGUGGGGGCAAUAAGCGGAAACUCUCCACAGCCAUUGCUCUGAUAGGCUGCCCACCGCUGGUGCUGCUGGACGAGCCCACCACAGGCAUGGACCCGCAGGCACGCCGCAUGCUGUGGAACACCAUUGUGAGCAUCAUCAAAGAAGGGAGGGCUGUGGUCCUCACAUCCCACAGCAUGGAAGAAUGUGAGGCCCUGUGUACCCGGCUAGCCAUCAUGGUGAAGGGUGCCUUUCAGUGUCUGGGCACCAUUCAGCACCUCAAGUACAAGUUUGGAGAUGGCUACAUCGUCACAAUGAAAAUCAAAUCCCCGAAGGACGACUUGCUUCCUGACCUGAAUCCCGUGGAGCAGUUCUUCCAGGGGAACUUCCCGGGCAGCGUGCAGAGGGAGAGGCACUACAACAUGCUCCAGUUCCAGGUCUCCUCCUCCUCCCUGGCCAGGAUCUUCCGGCUGCUCCUCUCGCACAAGGAGAGCCUGCUCAUCGAGGAGUACUCCGUCACGCAGACCACACUGGACCAGGUGUUUGUGAACUUUGCUAAACAGCAGACUGAAACCCACGACAUCCCUUUGCACCCUCGAGCUGCUGGAGCCAACCAACAAGCCAAGGUCUGAUCCUCCACACUGCUGGUUCGCUGCAGCCUGAAAGGAACUCUGCGCAGCUGGA